AUGUCUUCCCGGUCAUCAAGACCACCCAAGACGCAUUACGGCAGCUCCUCGUCGGUUUCUUCAUACUCUGCCUCGGACUCAGAUAUCUCCUCUUCCGGCUCGGCUAGACGGAGCAUGGACCCAGCAGCACGGCCGGUCGCCUCUGUCGAGGUUCUUCGCUGCCUCCGCUGUGCACGGGCCGUGGAGAUAACCUCAACAGACGACCUACGCUCCAGCGGUAUGGUCCGCAUUGGGACCAACAUCUACUAUUGCGACCGGUGCGCAAAGAUGGUCGGGUACAAGUGA